GUACGUUUCCGCAUCGUCCAUUACACACGUCAGCCAUUGUCCACUACAUGCACUACUGCAGUAUCAUUUUCGUUUAUUUAUAAGAAUUUAAAGUCUGUAGUUGUGUAAACUUUAACUCAGUUUGUAGGCUUGUAUCUGAGAGGGUCUGGAUUAUGAGGGACACGUGUAUGAGGGAGGAAACGUUACGUGUUAAAAACUGAACUUUGAUUCGACUCGUAAGGACAUGGAUGGACAUGGAUGAUAGGAAGUGAAACACCGGGGCCAGGGGACCGGGCUUUGGGAGCAUGGACUCAUCAGAUGGAGAAAGAUCGGAUUUAGCUUUAGACCCAGGAGGAAAAGAAUCCAAAUUGAAUGGCAGACUUCAGUCAACAGCAGAAGCAGCGAUCGGGAGGCAGCUCAGUGAACCAGGCCGAUUUGCCUGCGCUGCAUUGUGUGGGGUGUCACUUGGCUAUCUUUUCCCAGGAUCAGAACAAAGGUCGUUUCGGGAGAAGUAUCUAGAAGGCUUUGUACAAUGGCUGGGUCUUGACGAGUCUGUCAUGCCAGUGAUGCACGCCUUCCUGGCUGGACUUGGGUGUGAAGGUAGUGACACCUUCGUGACCAUUCUUCAGGCAGAGCCACUACUCAGCACUGGUGCAUUGCCUGUUACACAGGAUCUUGUUUCCUUCUCGGUCAAAGAUGGUGAGUAUGAUGCCAGGGCUCGCGUCCUGAUCCGACAUGUCAGCUGCCUACUGCGUGUCUGUCCACAGCAGCUCGAAGAUUUUGAGGAGACACUUGGAGAACAGUUGAGACAGGGAGGAGAGGAGAGCGAAGAAGAGUCGUCAAGAAGACGGAAGAAGGAAAGAGGGCGUGCUCUGCGGCGGUACUUGCUGAUAGGUCUUGCAACUGUUGGUGGGGGAACAGUACUGGGUGUGACAGGAGGUCUGGCUGCACCUUUAGUGGCUGCAGGAGCAGGUGCAGUGUUGGGUGCAGGAGGAGCUGCUGUUCUGGGUUCAGCCACGGGUAUUGCUAUCAUGGCCUCCCUGUUUGGCGCUGCAGGAGCUGGAUUAACAGGCUAUAAGAUGAACAAACGUGUGGGCAAAAUCGAGGAAUUUGAGUUCCUUCCACUGAGCUCAGGGAAACACCUUCACGUGACUGUGGCAGUAACAGGAUGGCUGUGCAGUGGCAAAUACAGUUCCUUUCAGGCUCCAUGGCGCAGUCUGGAUGCCUGCGGAGAGCAGUACUGUCUGAAGUGGGAGUCCCGCUACCUACUGGAUCUGGGCUCUGUCCUGAACACACUGUGGGAUGGGCUUGUCAGCAUUGUGGCCCAGGAGGCCCUCAAAUACACAGUGCUUUCAGGCAUCGUUACUGCUCUCACAUGGCCCGCAUCUCUGCUGGCGGUGGCGAGCGUGAUUGAUAACCCAUGGGGAGUGUGUCUAAGCCGCUCAGCAGAGGUAGGAAAGCAUCUGGCCCAAGUGCUCCGGAGCAGGCAACAGGGAAAGCGACCUGUCAGUCUGAUUGGAUUUAGCCUUGGCGCCAGAGUGAUCUAUUUCUGUUUGGAAGAACUUGCCAAUGAUCAAGGUAGUGAAGGUGUCAUAGAGGAUGUCAUUCUGCUCGGAGCGCCUGUGGACGGAUCAGAAAAAACGUGGGAGAGGCUCUCGAAGGUUGUUGCUGGGAAGAUUGUCAAUGGUUAUUGCAGAGGAGAUUGGCUUCUUGGAUUUGUGUAUAGAGGUUCAUCUGUUCAGCUGUCUGUGGCAGGACUACAGCCAAUCAACUCAAAUAAUCGCCGCAUAAUUAAUGUCGAUCUGUCUUCGGUGGUCAAAGGCCACUUGGACUACAUGCAUCAGAUGGACACAAUCCUUGUAGCAGUUGGUGUUCCUACCAAGGAGGGAGCUGGAGCUAAAACUCACUCAGUGAUGUUAAGUGAGAGGAAACUGGAUCCUCCAGAGACUCAACCCAUCAAAGAGAAUGGACAAAACCUUCUAGAGGAUUCAAACAAAAGUGAGGAGACUAAUGUGAGGAAGGAAUUCACUGAGACUGAAGGAGAAGAAGACAGUGCUGAAAGAGCGCAGGAGAACGGCUGGGAUAUUCCAGACAUAUCUGACUUGCUAGACUCAUUAAGUGUCUCCGAGUCUGAACAAAAGGACAGUAGUCUUUUCACUUCCACUGAGGGCACUGAAGUUUCAGACCAUCAGCACAUACAGGACGGUCAAUGUGACACAGACAGUGAGUGCAAUUCCUGGGAAUGGGACACCAAACACUGGACUACUGAACAUACAAUCAAACACAACCCUAAAAGAACCGAAUGUCCCACGCAGGAUCAAGCAGACAAAAGCCAACAGCCUUUUUCUGCAACACUGCCUACGCACUCACGUCAUAGCCCGGUCAUAGAACACACAGCGAGAGCGCACAUGGAUUCAGAUGAGAUUAAAGGUUAAAUCAGUGCCUCGUGGUCCUUGUACUGGAGUACCAAUAUGCUGCUGUUUAGUGCUGUGUUGCUGUAAAACACCUGAUACAUCUUGACUGCUAAUUAUAAAGGCUUUCAAGAGUCGAUUCAAGUGUUUUAUAGCAAUAGAAACAUUAAAGCAAAUGAAGCAGUGUUACAAACUGGAAUAAAACAAACUGGAAUUUUAAAUAAGCCAGAAACGACUUAAACUUGUCACAAUUCAUUUAAAAAAAAAAUUUGUGUUAAUUUCUGCUGACACUGUGAAGUAGAAACAGUUUGUCUCAUGCAAACUCCAUUCUGGAAAUCAGGGCUGCUCCAUGUAUUGUUUGUCAAUCAAAUAUUAAUCAAUGCCAUUUAAGAAACCUGAAACAUUAAAAAAAAAUGAGCCCUA